AUACAGAAUCAGAAUUCAAGAAAGGCACUGCUUCUAACAGAAAUGAAAUACCACCAGUUGGACACUCUGUAGGGCACAAAGUGCGUAAUUGCUUUGAUUUGUACAAUAGCCGGUGCAAAAGGAUAUCGGCCUCAGAUGGAGAGUUACCACAUCUUUGCAUUUUUGCUCUGUGGAGUCUUCAUGUCAAGAGUCUUCAGCCUUCCAUAUAGAAAUUUUUCAAUCGAUUGUGAACUUCUGUUGCCAGACUACCGAAUUGAGCCACAGAAAACUGUAUCGCCUUACCAUAUUUCUGUAUCAUCAGACGAAUAUGAUCCAGGAAGUGAAAUAAAAGUGAACAUAGAAGGAUCAUCAGAUGCUGGGUUUAAAUGGUUUAUGCUACAGGCCCGAGACAUUGAUGAACACAUCCCUGUUGGUUCAUUUCAAAUCACAGAUCCAAAUACACAAACCUAUGACUGUUACAACAUGUCGAAUUCAGCAUUAAUUCACAGGGGCUCUGAAGAAAAGCACAAUGUAACAUCUCUUUGGGUUUCACCUGAUGCUAAAAGGGUUCAGUUUAUAGGAACUGUUUUUCAAGAUCCUGAAACAUACUGGAUACUUGUUCCCAGCAUAGUUCUCAUUCCAAGAGAUUCCAAUGAGACUAAAAUUGAAGAGGAGCCUAAGAAAGCCAAUGCAUCAUCAAAAAGUAGGAAGAAGUCAUCCAGUAUUACAGUAAGAGUAAACUGUGGCCCGGGUGGCAGCAGUGAGUGCGCCAAGAGUUCAACAUUUUCCUCUCAGAGUGGUAGCAGCCAACCCCAGGGAGGUGUAGUGUAUCAAGGUGGUAUCAAGAAAGGUGGAUGCCUUGGUGGCGCAACUGCUAGUGUCUACAGCAAGCAUGGCUGCGUUGAUCCGGGUGUAAACUAUGGUGGUGGCAGCUCCUAUGGACAGUCUGUUUCAACUGUUUCAGACAAAGGAAAGGUCAUAGUGUAUGCUCCCAGCAACCCCUACCCACCUGAACGCUCAACAUACCCUUCGCAACUUGCCAACUCUAAAUACAAACAUAUUCAGAGUACUAAAUUCAGUGACAAAAUCCAGGUCUCAAGCCCCAAAGAAAGCAUCCGCAUUACUGUCCAGAGUGGACAACCUGGGCAGAUUUGUGAUAAGACCUCAUCUUCUUACAACAGCCAAGCCUGUAAAUUGAGUGUACAGUCUUCAACACUACAGAGCAGUGGUUCUUAUGGCUCUCAGAGUGGAUCCUCUACUUCCAUUGGUGGCAGUGGAGUCUCUGUUACAUUUGGUGGCAGUGGAUCCCCUUCUUCAGUUGGUGGCAGUAGAACUCCUACUUCAGUUGUUGGCAGUGGAUCCUCUACUUCAGUUAGCAGCAGUGGAGUCUCUGUUACAGCUGGUGGCAGUGGAUCUCCUUCUUCAGUUGUAAGCAGUGGAUCCUCUACUUCAGUUAGAGGUAGCCCUUGUGGUCAGGGCUAUACAUAUGAUGGCAAUCCUUGUAAUCAGGGUGGAUCAACAUCUCAGCAAAGUUCUGGAAUGAGCCAGGGUGGAUCCAAACAAUAUGGAAGCAACCAGGGUGGAUCAUCAUCCCAGCAAACUUACGGAAGUAACCAGGCUGGCUCAUCAUCCCAGCAAAUUUAUGGAAGUAACCAGGGUGGAUCAUCAUCCCAGCAAACUGGAAAUAAACAGGGUGGUUCCUACUCCAGCAAUCCUUGUGGAACGGGCAGUUAUUCUGGCAAAAUAUUGAGCAGUAGCAACUGUCCACAGGGUGGACAAACUGGAUCAUAUGGCAGCAGCAGCCAAUAUGGACAGGUUGGAACAUAUGGCAGCAACAGCCAAUAUGGACAGAGUGGAUCAUAUGGCAGCAGCAGCCAAUAUGGACAGAGUGGAUCAUAUGGCAGCAGCAGCCAAUAUGGACAGGGCUCACAGAGUAGUGGACAUUACAGCAGUAACAACUGUGAUGACGGUGAUGUUUCUACUUAUGGUGCAAGAGCUCUGAGCUCAACGAACUGUAGACGCAAAAGGGAUGUAGCAGCUCAAGAUACAUUUAACACUUUCAUCAGAAAGAUUCAGGAAAAAAGAGCACCUCCUUUGUUCAGAAGGACUCGAAAUGCUCUAAUCAGAAAGACUCGAAGUGAAAAAGCUCGCGCUCUAAUCAGAGCAGCUCGGAGUGAAAAAAAUGAAACCACUAAUUCACGAAGUAUCAAUACCUAUGGCCAGGGUGAAACCUUUUCUAGUAAUGAAAACUAUAAUUUACAGGAUGGGUCAUUUGUGGCUUAUGCCAAUGGCCAGGGAGGAUGUUUUUGCCCUGGUACACUGGUUGGAUCAUAUGGCGGUGGUGGCGGCCAACAUGGACAGAGUGGAUCAUAUGGCAGUGGCAGCCAAUAUGGACAGAGUGGAGCGGCUGGAUGGAGCGGCAUCCAACAUGGACAGGGACGACCAGAUGGAACAUUUGGGGGCAGCAGCCAAUAUGGACAGGGUGGAUCAUAUGGUAGCAGCCAAUAUGGACAGGGUGGCUCAUAUGGCAGCAGCAGCCAAUAUGGACAGGGUGGAUCAUAUGGGAGCGGUCGUCCGUAUGGCCAGGGUGGAUCAUAUGGUGGUGGCAGUCAAUAUGGAGAGGGUGGAUAUGGUGGAUCAUAUGGUGGCAGCAGCCAAUAUGGACAGGGUGGACAGAGUGGACCAUAUGGGGGCAGCAGCCAAUACGGACAGGGUGGAUCAUAUGGGAGUAGCAGCCAAUACGGACAGGGUGGAUCAUAUGGUGGUGGCAACCAAUAUGGACAGGGUGGACAGAUUGGAUCAUAUGGUGGCAGCAGCCAAUAUGGACAGGGUGGAUCAUAUGGCAGCAGCAGCCAAUAUGGGCAGGGUGGAUCAUAUGGUGGCAGCAGCCAAUAUGAAAAGAACAACUCUUCCUCAGGAGGCAGUCAGCCUGGUGGAAAGAACUCAACUUCUUCAGGAGGCAGUCAAUCUGGUGGACAGGAUUCUUCAUCCCCUUCAGGCAGUCAGCAGAGUGGUCCGCGUGGAUGUGAUUGCCCAGGCAGGGUGACUGGUUCUUCUUACGGAGGACAAGGCAGCCAGUAUGGUGGACAAGGUUCUCAGUCAGCAAAUAGCCAAUAUGGUGGUAGACAAUAUGGUGGCAACAGCCAAUAUGGUCACGGACAAUAUGGUGGCAGCAGCCAAUAUGGUGUUGGACAAUAUGGUGGCAGCAGCCAUUAUGGUGGUGGACAAGGAAGCCAAUCUGGUGGACCAGGAAGCCAGUAUGGACAAGGUUAUCAAUAUGGAAGUAGUCAGUAUGGUGGUGGACGAGGCAGCCAAUACGGUGGACAAGGUUCAUCAUAUGGAAGUGGACGAUAUGGUUCCAAGGAUUUUCAAGACUACAAGCAGUUUCAUACUUCUAAUGCACCUGGGAAACAGCCCAUCUUCAGCCUUAUACUUUUCAGUGUUCUAAGUGUCUUUGCUGUUUUCUUCCAUCAUAUCUAAAUGGAUGAUACAAACUUCUGAAGUCAUACCAACAAAGUGGAUUGUCUUCUUCAUCAGAAUGCUAUUUUUAUACAAAACAAUUGAGUCAAAUUUAUGGAUUGACAAAACAUUUAUUCCUCCCCCUCCCCACCCCUGGUUAGUACCCCAAUAUGUCAUGUCACUGAUGGUUAUCUUUUUAUUUUAGUAGAGUGCUUCAUAUGCUUCAUAUGAAAUAGGUUUAGUAAUUGCAAGAAAUAUGAAGUUUUAUUUGCUUCUUGAUAUGUAGUUAAUUCUUCAUCUACAUUUGCUCUAAAUAGGAACCUGAUCAUUCUAAAGAAUUUACUUAGGCCCAUUAUUAUCAAAGAGAAUAAAUGCAUUUAAAACUGCUGGAUUAAGCAUAGUGAUACGUCCAACAUACUGAAUGUAUAUAAUGGUAAUAAUCCAAGCAUUUGGCAAUACACUUUAAUUUUCAGAAAGUGACCUAGAUACCAGGAAUAAUUAUCCUGAGUUAAUUUAUAGUAACUAGGCUAGAGCUGAAUACAAAGAUUACAAAAGAGAAAUUACUCUUACAAUGAAUCUCAACUUCUGUCUUCACCAUAAGCACAAUUAUGUUAGGCCCUUAUGAUAAUUAUAACAGAAUAAAAAUCAACUAUAUUGAAUUCCAAAUAAAUACAGGAAUUUAAAUAAUCAGGAAUCCCUCACAAGUUUGAGCAUUCCUGCAUUCACAUUAAUAGGCAUAACUUCUAGGCUUUUGAUAGUGUUUGUGAGCUAGUAUUCAAUGCAGAAAUUAAAUUCUACAAUAUUCCUGUGAAUCACCUUCUGCCUAAUUUGCCCUCUGAAGGCCACCAAAAAUGGCCACAGUUAUAUGGAGCAAAACUUGAUUCAUUCUUUUCUGCUCAGAGCUAGCAACCGCAGCUGCUCCAGCCUUUUGGUGGAGCCCUCUCUCUUAGCUAGAGCUACAGACAGUCCUCAGGUGUGGCAUAGCACCACCCUCACAUCAAGGGGUCAGGAGACUGCUCAGGCUCCCUUAGGUCCUAGUUUACCACGAAUCUCCACCUAGCUCCAGUGGAUCAAAUCCAACCCCUCCAAAGUUACCAGCUGCCAUUUACCUUACAACUUGGUUAUAGUUUUUUUUAUAUUUAUUUUUUUUAAUCAGCCCCAUCCAGUCUGUAUUUAAAGGGACUUGCCUUUCAAAGGCUCUCAGCUGGGAUGAGAGCAUGCAUUUUGAGGAGGCUGGUCCAAAAACACAAAUGUUAGUGUUUUUUAAAGAAACACAAAAACUUCUCUUGUGUAGCUUUCCCAGAACACAUUCCCAGAGAGAAAUGUGGUAUUAUUGCAUAUAUUUGUGCAGUACCAAGUACACUGGUGAUUAUCUAAAUUAUAUAUGUUUAUUACAUUGCCUCUGACAUGUAACCACUAAUACGACCAUUUUUUUCUGUAAUAGUGUGGCUUGUGUUUGCAUAAAACUAUUUUAAACAUAAUUUCAAAAAUUCAAGACCACAUUCUGCUCAUCUUUAGUGUAAUAUUUCCUAAAAGCUUAUAAACAGUAAAUGGGUCUGUUGUUUAAAUAGGAUUAGGACAGCGCAACAAUAUCCAUAACUCAGUUAAGCCAGAAUACUUGCAGUUAAAUCAGCGUGGUUAUUAAGCACCUUCAGUAUAUCUGGAUUAUGGAUUCAGUAGUGCUUGAAGUGGGAUGGAAUGCGAUAGGAGGAAUGCCAUCUUUUUCAAGUGGACGUGACUGAGUCGGCCUAACCACCCUACUUACUUUUUUAUCUCACUUCAUGUAUUUCAGACUAUAAAAGUAUGAAAAAAGAA